AUGACCACACAGACCAUGCACGGAUACGGCGACGCGUGGUUCGAGAACCUCAACAGCCAGAGGUCGCAGUACGAAUUGGCGCAUCAAACCCACAACUACGGCGACGCUUGGUUUGAGAACCUCAACAACCAGAGGACGCAGUACGAAUUGGCACAUCAACCCCACAACUACGGCGACGCGUGGUUCGAAAACCUCAACAACCAGAGGACGCAGUAUGAAUUGGCACAUCAACCCCACAACUACGGCGACGCUUGGUUUGAGAAUCUCAACACACAGAGAGUUCAGUUCGAGCAAUCACACCAAAAACCCCACAACUACGGGGCCGUCUGGUUUGAUGGCUUCCAGCAGAUGUGGGAGCAAUGGCAAAACCAAAACUCCAAGAGAGGCGGCGAUGCCUGA